AACAUAUUAUAGGUCAAGUAGCUGUAAACGAGUGCACACAUAAUUUUCAGUUUCGAUAAAAACCAAUUACCAUAAAGUUUUGUUAAAAACGCAUAAAAAUUUGUAUCGAGUUACCACACAUUAUAAGUUUUCCUCAAGCAAACUCAUUCUACAUCGGUUUAUCAGUGGUGCAGUAACAAUGGCGUUCCAACUACCAGGGAGUUUAUUGGGACAAGCGAAAUCCUUAUUACCAGAUUUAUCAAUCAAACCGACGGUAGAAAAUCCACCAGAAAACGGUAAUAUAUUGGACAAUGUAGUAAAAGGUGCUAACAAUACGUUACUUGGUUUACUUAAUACCGGAGCAAAUGUAUUAAAAACACCUGCCACAUUAAUAAAAGGAGCUGUCACCACGACAGGCAACACAUUGGACGCAACAGCAACAGGUGUUAACAAUACCUUGCACAGUUUAUUUAAUCCCGGCACAAAUAUAUUGCAAGCACCUGGUACUUUACUUAAAGGAGCUGCCGCCACGUCAGGCAAAGCAUUGGACACAACAGUGACAGGUGUAAACAAUACCUUGCAUGAUGUAUUCAAUGCUGGCGCAAAUGUAUUGCAAGCACCUGGCACGUUUAUUAAAGGAGUAGUCCCCUCAUCUGGAACCGUAGUGGACACAACAAUAACAGGUACUAAUGAUACAUUACACAAUAUAGUUAAUGCAGGGGCAAAUAUACUGCAAACACCCAGCACGAUACUUAAAGGAGUAGUACCCUCACCAGAUUCCACCAACAUAUUGGACUCGGCAGUAACAAAUGUUAACAAUACCUUACACAAUAUUUUCAAUACUGGGGGUACUAUAGUAAAACCGCCUACCAAUAUUAUUAAUCAGGUAGUGCCUACAUCAAGUACUGGCAACAUAUUUGAUCAAACCAUGUCAACCAUUAAAACAAAUGCUGGCAAAUCAAUCAACGCGGCUUCGAACAUGAUUACAAAUAUUUUAUCUCCUACAAGUACCGUAACAUCUACAAGUCGCCAAUCACACGGUAUAGAAACAAUCAUAGAAGAGGACACUACAAACGUUGCUAUCACUGAACCGACAUUAAUUGACUCCACUACAGAAAUAUUAACUACAGUUAUUCAGCCAAAAACAACAACUAUAAAAAUAAAUGAAGCAGUUUCAACUAUACAUAAUUUUGUCACAAAACCUGUUACCGAGACGGUAACUGAAAAGGUCAUUGAUGUAGCAUCCACAUUCACACACGGAAUAGGAGGUGGUGUUAAAAACACUACAGACAUUAUACCUGACGUCAUAAAUUCAAACAGUAAUGCUGGUAGUACAUUCUCGAGUAACGUGACAUCUACCAUAUCAACGGUAACAAACAAGAUUUUAUACAAUAAUGGCAUAGGAAAUGACGCUGCUAUGAAACCUGAAGAAGAAAAGGAAAUAAUCAUAUACAUUGUCAUCGGAAUUGUGAUUGGAAUUUUAAUUCUCGUUGGUGUGACGUCCUGUUACAUUUACAAAAAAAAGAGGCACACCAAGACAUAUACAGCGUAUCAAGUUAACCCGUUGAAGGAAUUUAGUCGCACCACUGAAUAAUCCUUGUUGCACUCAUGAACAUUAACAAAUCUGCCCAUAUAUACAUUUGGAAUAUUACCAAUAUUAUUAUAUAAUGUUUAAGCCUUAUCUGUAAUAUAAUACCAGAGACUGGGAAUCUUUUUAUUAAGUCACACAAUGAAAAGGCUUAUUUUUGUGUUUUAUCCAUAAAUAUAUGUUUAUAAGUGUCUGAUUGCAUUUAUUAAGAAUUUGGGACAAUUAUGAUAAACUAAAUAUAAUAUAUUAUUAAGGUAUAUAUUAAAAAAAUGUAAAACAACACAAAAAUACGAAACCUUUUCUGUACAAAUACAGUUUGCAACCAAGACUAUUACGUAAGGAAGUAGGCACUUAUAUUUAUUAACUUUUCUGGAUCUAAACAACUUACUGCUUCAACAAUACAUUAUUUUAUUAUAUCACCAUAUAAAGAGCUUAUUUCCAAUGUGUCUUAGAUCCAAAAUUUUGAUUUUUCGAUGUUUUUAUUCUAUUAAAAAUGUUUUUUUCAGGUCUAGAAUAAAGUUUUGUACACCAAAACAGCUAAUU